UUCCAGGACUGCAGUGGUUAGAAACUUUCACCUCACGGACAUUUGUAUACCUAUUCAUUCCCUUUUUCCAACUUGAAGUCCACAUCUUUCUACGUCUCGCUCGCUGUUGGCUGCUAACCUGAUCCCAAGCUAUAGGGCGCCUUCCAACUUCUCUCUGGUUUCAAUCGGAAACAACAACGACAGACAGAUAGUCCGUACGCUUGAAAAGCAAGCAUUUACCCGCACCGACUACUGCCUCACACUCACCAUGACUACCACGCAAGCGCCCCUCGAGCCACUGUCUCGGGAGGAACUUACCAAACUCGCCACACUGGCCAUUGAGGCCAAAGAGUGCGCUUACUGCCCAUACUCCAACUUCCGCGUCGGCGCUUGCGUCCUCUUAUCCACCGGCACCUACCACACGGGUUCGAAUGUCGAAGUGGCCAGCACGCCAGUGGGGAUCUGCGCAGAACGGUGUGCGAUCGCGCCAAUUGUGGCAUCGCUCAAAAGACCCGAGAUGCCAAUCAUCCGCGCCAUCGCCGUCAGUACCGAUAUCAAUCCGCCCUCGAGCCCCUGCGGCAUGUGUCGACAGUUCAUCAACGAGUUUGCCACCACCGAGGACCUGCCCAUCUACAUGUUGGGCAAGGACGGGUUGGCGGGCGAUGUCGUCUGCAUGACUAUCGGGGAGUUGUUGCCGUGCAGUUUUGGUCCGCGGGAUAUGAAGAGGAAUGACGCGGGAACUUCGAGCUCGGGGUAAAAUUUGACGAUGACGACGAAACGGGAAGGGGAGUAAAGGGGGUGGAUCGAAUGGUGUGAUUUGAUCUGUGAUGGAUGGGGGCUAGGAUUCAGUCUUUCAGGGCAGAAAAGCUGACAGGAUAGCCUGAAUCUCCUUCCGGGUAUAGCAAUGUGUAUUUUGGCUGGUAGUGGUUCAUGAAGGAGUCAUUAUCAGAACAGGCGUCUUUCCUGUAUGUAUGUGACGGUGACGGUGGGCUGGGCCACCCGCUGAGCUUUGUAGGACCAGCUUUCUCCUUUCUGUGUCAGGGCGCAUGACUCGGCUUCAUUUGAGCGGCCUUGAAGCGGAUCGAGCACAUCUUGUCAACGUAGAGUGCUCUGCUUGAUCGACGGAUGAGAUCUUGGGAUGGAUGCAAAAGGUCAGGUCUGGACAUGUCGAUGAGAACAUUGCCCUUUGCCUGCCACAUGCGACGGAGAGAUGGAUAAUGAACACCUCGGGAUGUCUGCCGGAGAAGGUUGCACGCUUGUUGGAGCCGAGGCAGUCUUAAGACCAGGAGCGCUGCAUUUCUGAUCUUAUCGAAUGCGGGAAGAGUAGUCGGCGCUUCGAGGAAGGCUGGGAGUACAGGCGAUGACCAAGGGUCCAGCUUUGCAUCGUCGACGAUCACGAUCAAAACACAUCCUCCGGAUCGACUUUGAAACUUGCUCCAUUUUCCCGCACAUGGAUGCGAUCCUUGUCUCGAUCCAGCGGCUUCCUCAUGUCCAGUGCAUCUUCUCCCUCGGCAGAUACACCUGUCGGAUCAUCGGAGUAGUACUUGACCACGGUGCGAUAGGUCGAAUAGCCCAUGCUCUCGUACAUUUUGAUGGCGUUCUUGUUGCUCUUCCUGACGAACAAAUCGACAAACCAGGCGUUUUGCUGAUUACAUGCCUUCUCCAGCGACUCGGUCAGGAGCUUCCCGUAUCCAAGCCGUCGAUAUUGCGGCGCUAUCGACAAGGCUGUAACGUGUCCGUGCCACGGCAAAGCAUGUGGGGUGCCUCUGCCAGACGAUCAUGGCUCUUAGAACAAUGUUCGAUGAUUGAACAAGAGGAACG